AAAGAUAAUUAAAACAACCAAAGGUAAAGCAAUUUCUCUUCAUUCUCAAAUUUCAACGCUUUCUUUACGUCUCUUUAAUUCUCCCACGAAGAUUCAGAUCCAGAUUCAGAUUUCGGUCAAUUCUCGCCGGUCCUUCACCGGCAAAUUUCAUCGCCCGUCGAUCGCUGAAUACUUGAUAAGGUUGAAUGUUUAGUUGUACAAUGCUGUGAAGAGUUGGGGAGAAGUAUAGAAAGAUAAAAAAUGGCUGCAAGGAAAGCUGGUUUAAUUGCUCUGUUUGAUGUUGAUGGAACUCUUACAGCACCCAGGAAGGAAUCUACUCCACAAAUGUUAAAAUUCAUGCAGGAACUUAGAAAGGUUGUUACUGUUGGAGUUGUUGGAGGUUCUGACCUUGUAAAGAUAUCAGAACAGCUUGGCAAUACAGUUACAAAUGACUAUGAUUAUGUUUUCUCUGAAAAUGGCCUUGUAGCACAUAAAGAUGGCAAGCUUAUUGGGAAACAGAGCUUAAAGUCAUAUCUUGGAGACGAGAAGCUCAAGGAAUUUAUUAGCUUUACUCUCCAUUACAUUGCUGACUUGGAUAUUCCAAUAAAGAGAGGAACAUUCAUUGAGUUCAGAAGUGGCAUGUUAAAUGUGUCACCUAUUGGGAGGAACUGUAGUCAGGAAGAAAGGGUUGAAUUUGAAAAGUAUGACAAGGUACAGAAGAUACGUGAAACAAUGGUAUCAGUGCUCAGAGAAAAGUUUGCACAUUUUAAUCUCACCUUCUCCAUCGGAGGCCAAAUUAGUUUCGAUGUUUUCCCCCAAGGCUGGGACAAGACUUAUUGUUUGAGAUACCUUGAAGAAUUUAAUGAAAUUCACUUUUUUGGAGACAAAACAUACAAGGGAGGAAAUGACUAUGAGAUCUAUGAGUCUGAGAGAACUGUGGGUCACACAGUUACUAGCCCGGAAGAGACAUUGAAACAAUGUUCUGUUCUAUUCCUCGGCAAGGAUAAUGGAAGUUCUUGAGCUUGUUGCAGUUUUCUAAUACACGAUUUUAUGCUUGUAUUCUACGCACAAUCGAAAUGAAUCAUUGCAAUAAUUCUUGUAUUGAAUUUUCUCAUCAAAAUUAUAAUGAUUGUACUACUUUUUCUUGAAA